UUUUUUUUUUUUUUAACUUUCCAGAUUCUUUCAAUCAUCUCAGACUCAGCCAGUCUACGUGCAGAAAGACAUGUUUAUGCCAUCAUAACUAGGGGGGGGAAAGGAAAACGCAUCACUAAAGUAACAUGGAACCUCAUCGCAAGAACGCAAGCAAAACUCUGGUCUACUUUUGCGUGUGCGCGGCUUUAUUUGUGGCUAUCGAAGCCCAGUAUGAGAAAUACAGUUUCAGGAGCUAUCCGCAGAGCGAACUGAUGCCCCUAGAAACUGCCUACGGGUACGCACUGGAUCAAUAUGCAGCUGAAAACUGGAAGGACAGCAUUAAAUACCUGGAGAUGAGUUUACGAAUACACCGACUGCUGAAGGACAGCGAGUCGUUUUGCAGCCACAACUGCAGCAAAGUCGGCAGAGACCAGCAGGAUGCUCUCCUUGUGGACAGCGAGCUCCGGGCUUUUAAUCAUGUCUUACAAAGAGCCUUCUGCUUAAAGAAGUGCAAAGCCAGUUCCCCCGUGUUCUCUGUCGCCUACCCUCGUAAAGACAUCCUGGACGCGUUUUAUAACAGGAUGCCUUACAGGUAUCUGCAGUUCGCCUAUUUUCAGGGGAACAACCUUGAAAAGGCUGUGUCUGCAGCUCACACCUUCCUGCAGAGAAACCCCGAAGACCCUAUGAUGCUGAAGAACCUCAACUACUUCAAGACCCUCUUCGAGGUGGAUGAAUACCUCAUCGACCUGGAGGAGCAGCCCUACCAGAGCCUGUUCGUGAAGUCAGUGAAGCUGUAUAACGCAGGCGAUUUCCGCAGCAGCAUUGCUGGGAUGGAGCAGGCAGUCAGUGAAUAUUUCCAGGUAUAUGAGCUGUGCCUGGCAGCCUGUGAGGGUGCCCACGAGGUCAGGGAAUUUAAGGACUUCUACCCCGCUGUGGCAGAUCACUACACGGACGUUCUAGAGUGCAAAGUGAAGUGCGAGGGCAGCCUCGCUCCCAACGUGGGGGGCUUCUUCGUGGAAAAGUUUGUGGCCACCAUGUAUCACUAUCUCCAGUUCACCUAUUACAAAUUGAACGAUGUUAAGAAUGCAGCGCCGUGUGCUGCCAGUUACCUGCUGUUUGACUCCCAAGACGAGAUCAUGCUUCAGAACAUGGUUUACUAUCGCUUCUACUGGGAGCAGUGGGGCUUGGAGGACAAUGACUUCAGACCCAGACCUGAAGCUCUUCAGUACUUUAACCAGACCACCAUGCAGAAGCAGAUGCUGGAGUUUGCACAGCACUACCUCCAAUCGGAUGACGAGGAUGUGGUGAGCCCUGAAAUGACAGAGAUCUCCUCAGACGAGCCCCCAGAUUCUGAGUUUGAGGGUGUUGGAGAUUACGAGGAAUCCAUCUACGCUAAGUGGUGGCAGGAACCAAAAAGCAAGGGUGACGCGGGGGAGCCUUAUGUCUGACACACCACUGGACUCAUACGAAUUCUGUUAUCUCUGCACACUGGUUUCAUCAGGCAACCAGCUCCUCCCUGGCCAUCCCAAGUGAACUAUUCCCUCAUGCCUGUGCAGCAACGACAAAAUAGAAAUAAUCCCUCUUUUCCACUGUACAGCUGAGCCGCGCAGACUGGUUGUGUUUCCACUGCAGGGCCCAAGCCAUGCAGCUGACGUGACACGCAAUGAACGCGCUGAGUCGCACGUAGAUGAUGCGGUAUUAAGAGCCGUCGUGCUUUGAGUUGAGAAUGGCGGAUCCAGAGGCUAUGCCUGUGUUUUUCAUAUAUUACUGAAUACAAGCGAAAUGUACUGGAUUCUCCUCCGACUCGCCGUGCGCCAUGUCGUUCGUCUGCCUCAAGUGUAAUGACGAAAAUCAUUAACUCUGCCCCUGGCUCUGCUCGGCUCCCAGCCAGAUUCAGAUGCGUUGCGAGGCCAGAGUUUCACGGUUUUGUUCUCGCUCAGCUCGACAGAUAGCCAAUGGAAAAGCAUCUGCCUGGGGCCAUCACGGCUUACAUGCGCCAGUGGAAAAGAGGUUUUAAAGGGAAAGUAAAUGAAGUGCAAGUAAAGAUGAAGAUGAAGUGCAAGUAAAACCAGUUUGUAGUGUCCUAGUCAUUUUAAGUCUGCAUUUAAAGUGUGCAUGCUUUAUAAAACUGUUAAGUUGUGGUCAGAUUCCUUAAAAUCACAUCAAGCCAUUUUAAAUCUGAAAAGUGUUGCUCUACUUCACUGCACUGCACAGACCCAAGCUUUUUUUUUUUUUUAUUUCUUCAGAAUCGGGUUUUGCAAAAAUCAAAAUACAAUUCUGAAACCAGCUCCCCUUUAAGGUGUUAGUGUUCACCGUUGACUGUAACAGGAAAUGAUUGUGCUGUUAUUUAAAAAUACAUAUAUAUUUCACAUAACCCAGGCCAUUUUUUUAGGGAGAUGUUUGAUUUUUUAAAAAAAAAUUAUUUAAAAGACAACUGUAAAAUAAAAUAAAAUAAAAUAAAUGACGUGGAAUGUCCACUUGUAGUGUGUUAUUAAUGAAUUAAACAGUUUUUUUGAUACUUGGACAUCGGUAUAAUCCAGAGCUGUCCAUGAAAGAGUCAUGUCAAAACAAAACAAAUGAAAAACAAAGACAGAUAGGCAACUUCGAUUCUACCACUAGGGGUCAUAAACGGGCAUUUAAAUGGUUUUGUACCAACUGCAUCUGAUCUGGUGGAUUCCAGACAGCUGGCAACACACAACAGCUGUUUCCUUGUGAAUGGUUAGCAACUCCUUUUAGAUAAGGAACUGGUGAGUCUCAACAAGUAAUCACGGUAAGACACCUCUUUCGACCAUUUACAAAAUGCACAGUCCCUCUGGUGGCCUAGGUAUGUAAUGACAGUUUAACAUGUCUAACGUCAGUCUACUGUCAGGCGUCCAGAUUUGAGCUUCGUCCUCAAGUCCCGCAAUGCAUUCCUAAUUCCCUGCUGGUGCCCUCGAAAAUUUUAUAAACACUUCUUUAUUUGGGUUGUGAGAAAUAAUAGGGCUAUACCAUUUUUGUAAGUCGCCUUGGAUAAAGGCGGCUGCUAAAUAAACAAAUAAUAAUAUGUCUUAAACCGCAAGGUUAAGAUUUAAAUAGAAAUGACUAACUUACAACCGUGUUGUUAAUCACAUUUAGCAAAGUAACAGCACCUGUAACUCGCUGGAGGUUUAAUGUAGAUUGUUAAAUGUAAUUCAUUGUGUUAAAAUUGUAUUAAUGUGGUUUUAAAAUAAAAUUACAUAUUAAACGGUG